UCCCGCCCAGCUGGGCGCUGCCCCUCCCUCCUACGGCGCGCGGGUGGGUCCUCGUCUCCUGCUCCCCAACUUAGGUGUUCGGUCCCAACUCCUACGAGGUCUUGAGGCCCCACCGCGUCCCCCACAGCCCAGUCUCAGCUGCAAGCUGCUGCAGAGCCUGGAGCCAGGAAAGGAACCCGUUUCCCCUCCCUGGCCCCGCGGAAUCAGGUGGGGUCCUCGCCCCUCUCCCCAGCCUCGCCUUCCACACUCUCCCGCCCGCUCCUUGGGGCCCCUCGCCGCCCGCGCAUGGCCCAGAAGCCGAAGGUAGACCCCCACGUCGGUCGGCUGGGGUACCUGCAGGCGCUGGUCACGGAAUUCCAAGAGACGCAGAGCCAAGACGCCAAGGAGCAAGUGCUGGCCAACCUCGCCAACUUCGCCUAUGACCCCGCUAACUACCAGUAUCUGCGGCAGCUGCAGGUCCUGGAUUUAUUCCUCGAUUCGCUGUCGGAGGAGAAUGAGACCCUGGUGGAGUUUGCUAUUGGUGGCCUCUGCAACCUAUGCGCCGACAGGGCCAACAGGGAAUACAUCCUGCAAGCGGGGGGCGUCCCCCUCAUCGUCAACUGCCUGUCCAGCCCCAGCGAGGAGACCGUGCUGUCCGCCGUGACUGCGCUCAUGGGCCUGGGCUCGCCCGGCGGGGGCUCCCACCCCGAGCUGACGGCCCGGCCUGUGGUCCAGUGCAUGCUGCGCUUCUCCCUGUCGGCCAGCGCCCGGCUCCGAAACCUGGCCCAGAUCUUCCUGGAAGACUUCUGCUCUCCCAGCCAGGUGGCCGAGGCCCGCAGCUGGCGAGCGGAUGCCGCCCUGGGGAUCCCCCUGCCGAGGACGGAGGCCCCACAGCAGCCCUGACCCGCUGCCCGCCAGACGAGACUGAAACCCUGGUGGGGGCUCCGGGAGAGGCGGCGGCGGCGGCGCGCCCACAGCGCGCCCUCUCCGCUAACGGCGCGCGCUCGGCCGUUUUCAAGGUGCACUUUCUCCACAGCAGGUAUUUGCACUGUGAUGAAAGGCCCCUGACGAGCGAGGAAGCCAGGCCUUAGGACGCGUGGACGGGGAAGCCGAAGAUGCUGCCGUUUUCACGGGCCGCUGCUCUCAGCCUCGUGGAGAGGCCCUCGUGCCGGCACCCCCCCACCCUCGCCGGGUCCCACCCUCGCGGAGGAAGCAGCGCGGUCCCUGGACUCGCAGCCUUCGCAGGUGUUUCUCCUGAGGAACAGCUGGGCCUGGAGCUUAGGAGAAUUGCCUGAGCUUGAGGAAGGAAGCAUUCUCCCCAGCAGAGGUGUCUGGAGUCAUUUUGAGACGCAGAAGUGAGAAGCCUUGCUGUUCAAAGUAUAUCACGGCUCCGGGAAGCUGAGUGAGGGUGGUGGUGUGCCCCUAUCUGUGGAGGCUGGGUACCUGCUCCACAAGCUCUCCAGGCUGGGCAUUCGGCCUGGUGGAUGCUGGCCCUGAGAACUCUCUGGCUUAACUGUUGAUCCGCACAGACCUGUCAGCCAGCCACCACGCUAGGGCCUCAAACACCAGAGUGUGCCCCCUGCUGUUGAGUCCAGCCCAGUGACUUACGGUGGCCAUGAGGGUGACGACAUGUCGGAGGACAGGCACGGACUCUUCGAGCAGUGUCUCCUCCCCUCCCCACCCCACGGUCCCCGCUUGGAAGCCCUGGCCCGCCUUCUCUGCCAUCAGGGUUAGUGGGGGGGUCCCUGUGCCCGGAAGCAUGUCUGGGGCUCAGGAGGGCCUUGGGGAUGCAAGUAAGAGGGGUGCUGAAGGGAGGGGGGACCAGAUGCUGACAUAGAGUGCAGGGCUCAGAGUCCAGCGUCCGCCGCUCAGCACGGGGGAAGGGGUGUGGGCCCCCGUGGGAAGCUGGGGUUUGGGAGCAGGGGAAGGUCCUGGCCUCCCUUAAGGCUGACCUCUUACCUGACCAAGGAAAGGUGGCUCCAAGAGGAACGGUGUCCAGGUGGACAUGGUGGUGGGUGGAUUGUGGGACUAGUGGACUAAGGAGCCCAGAGGGAGGGAGGCGAAGGCCUCCUGGUCGGCCUGUAUUCCCGCUGCCCCUCCAGAGGGUCCUGGCCCUUCCCUUUCCCAAAUAAAAGGCCUUAAAAGA